GAGAAGCAAAGGGAAGGAAGGAGGGAGGGCAGACGAAGGUGACGAACAACAAGAAGAAGAGAAGCCCCGAGAGAAAGAGAAGCCCCGAGAGAGGGAGAGACAGAGAGACCCCUUUCCGUCUGACUUGGAAUCGUAUCGUGUGUCCGUCUGUGUCCGCUCUGCUGCGCAGAGAUUAGAUUCUGUGUGUCUGAGAGGAGAGGAGGGGAGGCUUCGAGGGGCUGAGGAGAGGAGACGCGCGCUGCAAAGUGGCGGAGCGGACGGGAGGGAGCGACUGCGGGACCGGGACUAGCUCAAUCCGGAUUGCUUGAUCGGAGCCAGACGACGAGAAAGGCAGAAGCGAAGCACGAGACGAUCAAGAAGCGAGAGACGCUCGCUCGUCUCUGCGACGCCUAUCUAGAUAUCCAUCCUUCCGCACGCUUACGCACGCACGCACGCACGCACUGACGCUCGCUCGACUUUCCUUCAGAGGGGCAAAUUGGACUCCGCAGCAAUUUGGCGAGAGCAAUGGCGCAGGCGUGCUGUGUGGCUAUGAUCUCUGCCGGGGCGAUGGCUGCCCCCAGGGCCGCAGCAGCGGGAGUCAGGGGAUCGGCACCAGCCAGCAGCUGCACCUUGAGCUUCUCCGGCUUGAGGAGAGUCGACGUUCUAUCGCACGGCGAGCGCCUGUCGGGCUUCUCUGCCGUCCAGCACGAGCUCAGCCUCUGCAAUGGUAGCGCCAACGCCAGCCGAGGCAUCGUCACCAUGGUGGGGACCGGCAAGUUCUUUGUCGGAGGAAACUGGAAAGCCAAUGGCAACAAGGAGUCGGUCAAGAAGCUUGUCCAAGAGCUCAAUGAUGCCAAGCUUGAGGAAGAUGUAGAUGUGGUCGUUGCGCCACCCUAUAUCUACCUGGACUCGGUUCUGAACACUUUGACGAAGCGCAUCGAAGUCUCUGCCCAGAACUCGUGGGUUGGGAAGGGCGGAGCCUUCACAGGAGAGAUCAGUGCUGAGCAGCUCAAGGAUCUUGGUGUGGAGUGGGUCAUUCUUGGACACUCGGAGCGCAGACAUGUCAUCGGGGAGAAAAAUGAGUUUAUUGGAAAGAAGGCUGCGUACGCACUCAGCAAUGGCUUGAAGGUUAUGGCUUGUGUUGGUGAACUGCUGGAAGAGCGAGAGGCAGGGAAAACCACCGAAGUCGUUUUUGAGCAACUCAAGGCCUACGCCGAUGAGGUUCCUAGCUGGAAGGAUGUCGUCAUUGCCUACGAACCCGUCUGGGCCAUCGGUACCGGUAAGGUGGCAAGCCCACAACAAGCUCAAGAAGUGCACGCAGAAAUAAGGAAAUGGAUAUCUGAUAAUGUAUCUGCUGAAGCUUCAUCUCAAACUCGCAUCAUCUAUGGUGGUUCGGUGAAUGCUGCUAACAGUUCAGAGCUUGCCAAACAAGAGGAUAUCGACGGUUUCCUUGUCGGGGGUGCUUCUCUGAAGGGACCUGAUUUCGCCGCAAUCUGCAACUCAGUUACAUCGAAGAAAGUGGCUGCAUAAGAAUGAACAUGCAUCCUUCAUUUACAGAGGAGAAACGACACCCAGUAUAGCAGCCAUGUGAUAUAUCGCGUGGAUCGAUCCAUGGGUCAGGUCAGGCUUGAAUUAGAUUAGGUGGAUCAGGGAUAGAGGGCGGGUAGCUUUUCCACAAUAGAACUCUACUUUUCUGAGUACUCAUUAGGCAGCUAGUGGCCUUACCCAACCUACCUGAAACUCUAUAUCAUUGUACUCUAAAAUCAUAAUCAAAUUUUGAGUCCCUCCAAAUCGUGGAUCAACUUCACCUAAGGACACGAAGUUUUUCUGAACCU